CAUGUUGCUGAGGGUCAGCCCCAGGCGGUUUCUGGAGCAUCACCUUGUCUUUGUGGAGAACGCAGAGCAGCAGCAGCACCCGGCGCAGAAACCGCUCCCGAAUCCAUCCAUGACUGAGGAACAACCCUCCGCCCCAGCCGAGCCAGACCUGCCCUCCUCCAACCUCACCAACGCCUCGGACUGCGGCGAGGAGAUCCUGCUCUAUGGGGACACCGAGAAGAUCGUCAUCGGAGCCGUGCUCUCCAUCAUCAUCCUCAUGACCAUCGCUGGCAACGGGCUGGUCAUCAUCUCCGUGUGCAUCGUCAAGAAGCUCCGGCAGCCCUCCAACUACCUGGUGGUGUCCCUGGCGGCCGCUGACCUGUCGGUGGCCUUCGCCGUCAUGCCCUUCGUCACCAUCACAGACCUGGUGGGGGGAGAGUGGCUCUUUGGGAAGGUGUUUUGCAAUGUGUUCAUCGCCAUGGACGUUAUGUGCUGCACCGCCUCCAUCAUGACCUUGUGCAUCAUCAGUGUGGACAGGUACCUGGGCAUCACUCGGCCACUGACGUACCCCGUGAGGCAAAACGGGAAGCUGAUGGCCAAGAUGGUCUUUAUAGUGUGGCUCCUCUCUGCCUCCAUCACUCUUCCUCCUCUUUUUGGCUGGGCCAAGAACGUCACCGUGGAAAGAGUCUGUCUCAUCAGCCAGGACUUCGGCUACACAGUCUACUCCACGGGGGUUGCCUUCUACAUCCCCAUGGCGGUCAUGCUCGUCAUGUACAGCCGGAUCUACAAAGCAGCCAAGGUCAGCGCCGAGAAGCAUCGCUUCAUGAACUUCCCCAAGCACUAUGAAGAGGAAGGUGUCUAUUGCCUGGAGGCCUCCAACCGGAGCCACCACAGCUCCAAGCGCACCAAAGCGGUGGAGGAAUGUGCCACACUCUCCAAACUGCUCCGGCAAGACCGAAAGAACAUUUCCAUCUUCAAGCGGGAGCAGAAAGCAGCCAGGACCCUCGGCAUUAUCGUGGGGGCAUUCACCUUUUGCUGGCUUCCCUUCUUCCUGAUGUCAACAGCUCGGCCUUUCAUCUGUGGCAUCCGCUGCAGCUGCAUGCCCCUGAGGCUGGAGAGGACUCUGCUCUGGCUGGGAUACACCAACUCCCUCAUCAACCCUUUGAUUUAUGCUUUCUUUAACCGAGACUUGAGGACUACUUUCUGGAACCUCCUGAGGUGCAGGUACAGGAACAUCAACAGGAGACUCUCCGCUGCCAGCAUGCACGAGGCUCUGAAAGCCACUGAGAGGCAUGAAUGCAUCCUGUAGAGCCGUGCCCUCUCGCUCAGUGCCUGA